AUGGAUGUCUUGGCGAACCACAGUAUCUUUCAGGAACUUCAGCUCGUUCACGACACUGGCUACUUCUCUGCCAUGCCUUCGCUGGAGGAAAACUGGCAGCAGACUUGCCUUGAAUUGGAGCGUUAUCUGCAGACGGAGCCCAAGCGCUUGUCUGAACUCUUCGACCAAGACUUGGAUGGCCUCUUGACUCCGGCGUACCUGAAAGAGGACGGGGAAGAAGAGUUGUCAGACGCCUUGCUCCCCAGCCUGCCCAGCCUCCCUGAACCCCCAAGCCCACCUCCAGUGAUCCUCUGCCCAACACGUAAGAACUUCCCCUCAACCGGUGCAAUGAAAAAAGACCUCAAACCCAAGGGCCAGGGUCUGGAAACUGUAGAAGGGAUGGAAGGGGUUCACCAGGCCCAGCUGAGCGCCGUCACCUCCUUGACGCCCCCCUCAUCGCCAGAACUCGGCCGGCACCUCGUCAAACCCAACCAGACGCUGACGGCCUCAGCUGACGGGACGCUCACCCUAAAGCUGGUGGCUAGGAAGGUGGGGCUUAGCGCGGCCCGGCUCGUGGCGGCACAUGCGCUCCCCGUGCGGAUGAAGGACGAAGAGGAGGGGGCUGCAUGUGUGAUCGGGGUGGGGGAGCUACCGGAGAACAAGAAGAGGAUUCACCGUUGUCAAUUCAAUGGCUGCAGGAAGGUGUACACCAAGAGCUCCCACUUAAAGGCCCAUCAGAGGACACACACAGGUGAGAAGCCGUACAAGUGCUCGUGGGAGGGCUGUGAGUGGCGAUUCGCCCGGAGCGACGAGCUGACGAGGCACUACCGCAAACACACCGGCGCCAAGCCUUUUAAGUGCAACCACUGUGACAGGUGUUUCUCACGGUCGGAUCACUUGGCGCUACACAUGAAGAGGCACAUCUGA